ACAAUGGACAAAAUGGUAGACGGACGGAUCUUCUUGAUUAUCUCUUGUUUUGUUGUUUUAUUGUCGAUUUGUGCCGAUGGAGAUGGCUCAAAACUGAUGCAUAGAACACAAGAUGCGGUGAUUACAAAGAACCAGGAUGAAGGAGUUCAACUAAAAGAUUUGACUGUUGAUGCAAGGUGUGCUUUCUGCAAAUUCUUUGUUCAGAAGUUCAAAGAUGCUGUGGAAAGUGCUAAGACGCGGGGACAACUCUACAAUUCUAUCAAUGGUUUGUGUCUGGCAUUUGUAAACAAAUCACAGCAAGCGAUGUGUCCAGGGAUAAGCAAAAUGAUAGUUGAUGGAAUAGAGAAAUAUUUUGACUCAGCUGUCUCCCCACAAGGAACUUGUGCCUUGCCACAAAUAGGAAUGUGUCCUGCUUCUGAGAUUCUGGCCUUGAAAAUCAUCCAUGGCGAUCAGAGGCAAUCCAUAAUGUGCACUUUGUGCCUUGAAGUUGCAGAAACACUCAACAGGUUUAUCAAUAAACAUAUGGGCUUCAUCCAACAGGCAGCAAAGGACAUAUGUGACAGGAUGCCCCCACCAACUGACAAGAUGUGCGAGGAAGGUAUCAAUGAACUCUUGGACAAAGUGGUGAAUGUCACUCUGUCUCCUGAUCAUCUGUGCCAAGUUGUGGGAAUGUGCCCACACUCUCAGGGAAAGGAUCUGUACAUCAUCAACCCAGCGAUGAUUCCACUUAUCCUUGAAAAGGAGGAUGCUUAGAUUACUGAAAAACCCUUUACGUACACAAGCUAUACAGGCAGAGCCAGAGGCGGUUGGGUGGGGAAGGGGGGAUUUUAUUCUUGAACAGAAAGAGCUCUUGAGCUGAAAUUCAUUUUCACAACUGGUCAUGAACUGCCCUUGUUUUUCUGGUAAAUGAUAACCUCUCUGAAAAUACUGGCUAUGCCUGUGCUUUAUUUCAUUGCAAUACAGGAAAAAAACUUUUAGAAUACGAAAAUGUUCAACUUGGUGAGUAAAGGUAUCAAUUCAUAGGAAGAGAUAAAGGUGUAAAAACCGAAACUGAAGUUGUGCAAAAAAUUAGGGCCACAAUAAAUAAAGGGGUUGAAUGAUGUGCCAUUUCCAUUAAAUACAUUUCACAUUGUAAACCUGUAUAAAUUCAAACACUAUUAGCAUGUAUUUAUUAAGAGACUAGAGAUAACAGACUUAAAUUUGAACGUUCAUUAGACCAGAAUAUUAUUUUCGAAUGGAUGAUAAUGCUAUUCUGUGAUCUUGGUAUGUGUAUGUGCUACAAAUUUUCUUCUAUUGAUUUUACAUUUGACACUUGAAUAAAUAUAUUUUCAC